GACCCUAUAGGAUUAAAGUCUCUCAAAUAUGGCGACGAAGGGACUUCAAAGCUUUACAAAAAGCUUGAAUGCUUUUCGCACAUCAAUGAAUAGUGCGAGGGACCCUCUUACACAAUGUCUAGCACCACAAUUUACGAGGACAAUGGCAACAGAGGCGCCAUUGCCGUCCAGUAUCUCUCAGGAAUAUGAACUCAGUAUUCUUACAAAAACAUCAGAUGUCAUAUCUGACCCUUUUAACCCCCCAGUCCUAACGACCAUCUACAAAUUCCCUACCAUGGAACCCAUCCGAUUCGAAUCAUACCCAAGUAAACACCUCUAUUUACCUCUCCGUCGAGAUCUUCUCCACCGCGCUGUAGUGUUCGAAGGCGACAACACCCGUCAAGGAACUGCAUCCUCUAAAACUCGCUUCGAUGUCCAUGGUUCUCAUCGAAAGAUUCGCCCGCAAAAGGGAACCGGUGGUGCUCGUCUUGGUUGGAGACAAUCACCAUUGAUUGUUGGAGGAGGAAAAUCAUUCGGUCCUCAUCCAAGAGAUUUUGGAACAGAUUUACCGAGAAAGAUGUACGAUAUUGCGUGGCGGACGGCGUUGAGUUGGAGGUACAGAAAAGGACAAUUGAUUGUCUGUGAAGAUGGAAUGGAAUUCGAGCACCCAAAGACUAGAUAUGCGAAAAGAGUUUUUGAACAUUUGGGAUGGGGGAAGAAUAACGGAAGGACGUUGAUUGUGACGGGUGGUUUCAGGAAGAACCUGUCCAGCGUUGUGAGCAAAAAUGAUGCGACGGUGUUGGAUGUGAACGAAGUGGAUGUUAAGGAUUUGUUGGAAUUGUCAAGGGUUGUGAUAGAGAAGAGCGCAUUGGAUCAGAUGUUGGAAGAGCAUCAGAGUGAUCUCGUGAAGAAGGUUAGGAGUGCUGCGUGAUGAAUGAGCCAUGAUAAUAUAUUUGCUCUUCUCUUGUGUAUAGAGUAUUGUACAAAAAUUGUAACAAUUUCUAGAUGAAAGCACAAUACUUUGCUCGAAGGCGUACCCGUUGCUCAGGGCGCUGGUUUCUAU